AUGUAUUGGCUCUAUAUUGAUUUAAUUAUCAUUUCUAUAAACCUUUUUACAUUUAACUCAGUUUUUGGUAAAAGUUAUGAAGAAAUUCUAGCAAAUCAUUUGAUCAAUCAACCUAAUUUAUGGUUGCAACCAUCUGCAUGUCCUCAUGUUUGUCAGAAGCCCCUUCUUGUUAAUCUAACAUAUAAUCUUAUACAAGUAGUAAAGUUGUCACAUUCAGAUGAAACACUUAUAAUAUCUGGAUGGUUUACAAUAAGGUGGAUGGAUCAUCGUCUGAAGUGGGAACCAGGCGAUUUUGGUGAUUUACAAAAUAUACUGAUUUUUAAGAGUAAACAAUUAUGGAGACCUGACUUAGCAUUUGGAAAUCGUAAAAAGAACGGGCUGUUUGAUUUGGCUUCGAGCAGUAAUGCAUCACGUUUGAUGAUUGAGUCUAACGGUCACGUGACAUGGUUACAUGGUUCAGUUUUAGAACUAUCUUGCCCUCUUGAUAUGACUAAAUUACCAUUUGACAGACAAAAAUGUUAUCUGGUUUUGACUACACUAUAUAGUACAAUCAAACAACUAGAAAUCAAUUUAAAAAUUGAUCAUUUAAGUAUUGAUAACAGUUUUAUGCCCAACGCUAAUCAUAGUGAAUGGAUAAUUGAAGAAAUUGGUUAUCAUUCUUCCGUAUACUUGAGGCAAACUAACUCAAAAUAUCAAUAUCUGGUAAUAUCUAUUAAACUGAAACAUGAACCCUUGUACUUUGUUACAUUUGUUGUCGCACCAUUCACACUGAUUUCAACGUUAACAUGUUCAAUAUUUACACUGAGUUGUCCAAGUGAUCGCUUAGCCACUGCAUUAUCAUUAUUUUUUGGUGCCACUGUUUAUGUUAUUACUGUAUCAUCAAACACACCUCGAUCUGUGAGCCAGAUACCACUUUUAGGAAUUUAUAUAUUGAAUCAGUUAGGUUUCAUGGGUUUGGCGACUAUCGUUGCUGUAGUGAAUAAUCAUUUUGCUCAAUGGAACAGUCGUCUAGAAUGCCUCAUGAGUCCUUUUAAAAAAGAAUAUUCAACAAAAAAGCAAAACAUCAAGCUUUGCGAAGAGUCGUUCAUUAAGAAAUCAAUCUUCUUUAAGCUUUGUGAUCGUAAUAAUUCUUGUCGUCGGUAUCGACAAAAACUAAUUUACUAUCCUCCCAAGAAUUAUCAUGAAAAUUUAGCGUCAAAAUAUGAUGCCGCUUUUUCACUGACCAAUGGUAAAAGAAGAUAUGAUCGUUUCUAUUUGACAUCCUUGAUAGAUUUAUUAAGUAUACUGAUCUACUUAACGUUAUCCACAUGGAACUGGAUUUAUUGUUUUUAUAUAUUGCCUAAUUAAUAAAUAUUCUCUUUUACAAAACUCAUCUUACUUGACAACUGUAUACAGUUUACUGUUAAAUUAACUGUUUAUUUAAUGUUCUAAUUGUUAGUGUUGAAUGUUUUAAGGUGAUAUUAUACGUAGCUUUACAAUGAGGUUUUGUACUUGCCAAUUUUCAUCGGCAAUCAUAUAUUUUCUUGACAUGAAUAGUUUCGCCUAAUUUGAUCAAACAUUUUUCAGUAAAUCUAUCUUCAUUUUACUGAGUUGACAAAUAUAUAUCCCUAGAAAUUAAUAAUUAUACUUUUCGUAAAUUUAAAUAUUCAAAUCUGUGGAUUAUUAUGUUCUUUGUUAAAAUCAGCUUUGUUGGUAAUAACAAUAUUACAAAGACUAUUUUAUUUAUUUAACCACAUAAAUAUUGUUACAAGGAAACAACAGAUACAUAUGCACCGCACAAAUCUC